UGAGUUUACGUACACUCUACACGUUUGUUUGCGUGCGCGUUCACGUGGGCCGUGCUGGUACUGGUAUUGGCUUUGGUUUACGCAGGCGCGUGGAUGCGGCCGCGGCGUCGGCGCAGGUAGAAAAAAAAGAAACGUCUUAUUUUUGGCGUUCUUUUCGACAUGGCGGCGUCUGGCUGGCGGUAGAUCUUUUCGCCUUUCUACAUUCGAGAGGAUUAAGUGAGGAACCAUGACUUCAGGCCAGGAUGAAAGUUCGGUUCGUGUGGCGUUGAGGAUCCGCCCUCAACUGGCGCGGGAGAAGAUUGAAGGAUGCCACAUUUGCACGUACGUGAUGCCCGGCGAGCCUCAAGUCAUCCUGGGCAAGGACAAAUCCUUCACAUACGACUACGUGUUCGACAUGGACUCACAGCAGGACGCCAUCUACCAAACGUGCACCGAGAAGCUAAUCGAAGGCUGCUUCGAGGGAUACAACGCCACAGUCUUCGCCUACGGACAGACGGGUUCUGGCAAGACGUACACCAUGGGGACGGGCUUCGACGUCAACAUUGCCGACGACGAGCUAGGCAUCAUUCCCCGCGCCGUACACCAUCUCUUCCGGGGCAUCGAGCGGCGCCGGCAGGCUGCGCAGGAACAGGGACGCCCCGCGCCGGAGUUUAAGAUCAACGCUCAGUUCCUGGAGCUUUACAACGAGGAAGUUCUGGAUCUCUUUGACUCUGUGAGGGACGGGAAGCAGAAAUCUCACAUCAAGAUCCAUGAGGACGCCAACGGGGGGAUCUACACUGUGGGCGUGACCACACGCACCGUGUCUUCCGAGGCCGAGAUGAUGCAGUGCCUGAAGCUGGGGGCUCUGUCUCGCACCACUGCCAGCACGCAGAUGAACGUCCAGAGCUCUCGUUCACAUGCCAUCUUCACCAUCCACCUAUGCCAAGUUCGAGUCUGUGCCUCCUCCGACAAUUACGAAGACGCCGACGAGGGCGAUAAUCAGGUCUCCAACGGCAAUGGAGACAUGGACGAGUACGAGACGCUGAGUGCCAAAUUCCACUUUGUGGACCUGGCUGGCUCCGAGAGGCUCAAGAGGACUGGCGCCACGGGAGACCGAGCCAAGGAAGGCAUUUCCAUCAACUGUGGACUGCUGGCUCUAGGUAACGUCAUCAGCGCUUUGGGCGACCGCAGCAAGCGGUCCUCGCACGUGCCUUACCGAGACUCCAAACUGACCCGACUUCUGCAGGACUCCUUGGGAGGUAACAGCCAAACGGUGAUGAUCGCCUGUAUCAGCCCGUCUGACUGCGACUUCAUGGAGACGCUCAACACGCUCAAGUACGCCAACCGCGCCCGCAACAUCAAGAACAAGGUGAUGGUGAACCAGGACAAGGCGAGCCAGCAGAUCAGCGCACUCAGGACGGAGAUCGCCAGACUGCAGAUGGAGCUCAUGGAGUACAAGACAGGUAAACGCUUGGCGGGCGAAGAUGGCGUGGAGAGCUUCAGUGACAUGUUCCACGAGAACGCCAUGCUGCAGACGGAGAACGGCAAUCUGCGCGUGCGGGUGAAAGCCAUGCAGGAAACCAUCGACGCCCAGCGGGCUCGACUCACUCAACUGCUCAGCGACCAGGCCAACCAGGCUCUCGCCAGGGCGGGUGAAGGAGGCACAGAGGAAAUUGGCAACAUGAUUCAGAAUUACAUCAAAGAAAUUGAAGACCUCAGAGCCAAGCUUCUGGAGAGCGAGGCUGUGAACGAGAGCCUGCGCAAAAGCCUCUCUCGCGCCUCCAACCGCCAGGCCUUCUACAGCGGGCCUGGUUCCUUCUCCGCCGCCGCCCCCGAGAAGGAGACAUCUGACAUCAUCGAGAUGGCCAAGAAGGACCUGGAGAAGCUGAAGAAGCGAGAGAAAAAGAAGAAGAAAAGACUCCAGCAGCUGUUGGAGGAGCGAGAGAGGAGGGAGGAGGAGGUUGUUGUCAGUGUGGGCAAGGAGGACGUUCCCGACAACGAGCAGGAGAAGAGCAGCGACAAGGAGAACAACGUCGAGCGAGCCAGCGACAACGCCGACAUGGAUGCGCAGGAGGGUAGUGAGCACGACGAAGAAGGAGAGGAGGAAGAUGAAGAGGAGGAUGAAGACAUGGAGGUUGAGGACAGUUCAGACGAUUCAGACUCUGAGUCGGACGAGAAAGAGAACUUCCAGGCAGACCUAGCAAACAUCACCUGCGAGAUCGCCAUCAAGCAGAAGCUGAUCGACGAGCUGGAGAACAGCCAGCGCCGCCUGCACACUCUCAAGCAGCAGUACGAGCAUAAGCUGAUGAUGCUGCAGUGCAAGAUCAGGGACACGCAGCUGGAGCGAGACAGAGUCCUCCAGAACAUGAACUCUGUGGAAAGCGGCUCAGACGACAAGGCCCGCAAAAUCAAGACUGAGUACGAGAGGAAGCUGAGCGUGAUGAACAAGGAGCUGCAGAAGCUGCAGUCGGCCCAGAAGGAACACGCCCGCCUGCUCAAGAACCAGUCGCAGUACGAAAAGCAGCUACGCAAGCUCCAGACGGACGUGGCCGAUAUGAAAAAGACUAAGGUUCGCCUCAUGAAGCAGAUGAAGGAGCAGCAGGAGAAGAACCGCAUGAACGAGUCCCGGCGAAACCGGGAGAUCGCCUCCUUGAAGAAGGACCAGCGCAAACAAGAGCACCAACUGAAGCUGCUGGAGGCUCAGAGGAGGCAGCAGGAGCUCAUCCUCAGGAGAAAGACAGAGGAGGUGACGGCUCUGAGAAGGCAGGCCAGGCCCACCUCGGGGAAGGUCAUUCGGAAGAUCAACCUGCCAGAUCCCAACCAGGACUCAGCCCACCGUCCCCCCGUCCGCAUGUACUCUGGACACACCGCUGCCAAUGGCACUAGGUCCUCUCCCAGGCGCGCCGGCGGGCUUUACUCCACCCGGAUGGCCCGCAACAAGUGGCAGUCUCUGGAGCGACGCGUCUCUGACGUCAUCAUGCAGAGGAUGACCAUCUCCAACAUGGAGAAUGACAUGAACCGCCUACUGAAGCAACGCGAGGAGCUGACCAAGCGCAAGGAGAAGGUGGUGAAGAAGCGAGAGCGACUGGUCAGAGAAGGGUCCGAAGUGGAGAAGGCGGUGAUCCCACUCAAUGAGGAAGUGGAUGCGCUGACCGCCAACAUCGACUACAUCAACGACAGCAUCGCUGACUGUCAGGCCAACAUCAUGCAGGUGGAGGAGACCAAGGAGGAAGGCGACACCGCGGACGUCUCUGCUGUGAUUGGAUCGUGCACCCUGGCAGAGGCUCGUUUUCUACUGGAUCACUUUAUGUCCAUGGCUAUAAACAAGGGUCUGCAGGCGGCCCAAAAGGAGUCCCAGGUGAAGGUGAUGGAGGGCCGCCUAAAGCAGACUGAGAUCACCAGUGCCACUCAGAACCAGCUGCUCUUCCACAUGCUCAAGGAGAAGGCUGAGUUCAAUCCAGAGCUGGACGCGCUGCUCGGCAACGCCCUACAAGAGCUAGGUAACGUGCCAGCUGAAAACGGCGAUGACAGCAGCAGCGAUGAGUCGGCUACGAGCCCGUCUGCGGACGGAAACACUGUGCCAGAUCUUAUGAAGUUCUGUGGAGAGACCAAGUCCAGGAAUAAGGCUCGCCGGCGGACCACCACUCAGAUGGAGCUCCUGUACGUCAACAGCGAGGCCGCCCCCGACACGGCCGACUUCUCGGGUCCCGUGCUGCCGCAUGCUGAGACACCGGAUUCUGGCGGUGACUUUGCUGCGCUCUCUUCUGGCUUCUCCUCCAAAAUGUCCAGCGUUUCGGGCUCCAGAACGCCGUCGGCUGCGGAAAAACGAGCUUCGCCGGCACCUUCGCCGCUCUCUCGCAGGAAGACUUAUGACAAGGCCCAAGCGACGGGUGACAGGGCAAAGCUCAAGGAGAUUAAACAGGGCGUCAUCUAUCCGGUGCCGUCCACCAAGAGCCGCUCAGCCUCGCUGCUGCAGUGCGUCCAUGUGGCCGAGGGACACAGCAAGGCCGUCCUGUGCGUCGACUGCACCGAUGACUUGCUCUUCACCGGAUCCAAAGACCGCAGUUGCAAGGUGUGGAACUUGGUGACGGGCCAGGAGAUCAUGUCGCUGGCCGGACACCCCAACAACGUGGUGUCGGUGCGCUACAGCUCCAGCCUGGUCUUCACUGUCUCCACCUCUUACAUCAAAGUGUGGGAUAUUCGUGACUCGGCCAAGUGCAUCCGGACACUCUGCUCCUCCGGUCAGGUUAACGUUGGCGACGUCUGUGCAUCCAGCACCAGCCGGACGGUCACCAUCCCGGCAGGCGAGAACCUGAUCAACCAGAUCAUGCUGAACCCCAACGGGACGGUCCUGUAUGCCGCGGCCGGAAACUCAGUUAGGGUGUGGGAUCUACGAAGGUUUGCAUCUACUGGGAAACUCACAGGUCACCAGGGUCCUGUUAUGUGUUUGACUGUGGACCAGUCGGGGAACAACCAGGACCUGGUGAUCACUGGCUCCAAAGACCACUAUGUCAAGCUCUUUGACGUGACAGAAGGCUCCAUGGGAAGCAUCAGCCCGACACACAACUUUGAGCCACCCCACUAUGACGGCAUCGAGUCUCUGGUGGUCCAGGGUGACUUCUUCUUCAGCGGCUCCCGCGACAACGGUAUCAAGAAGUGGGACUUGGACCGCAAGGACUUGCUGCAGCAAGUCCCGAACGCCCACCGUGACUGGGUUUGCGCCCUAGGGGUGGUUCCCGGCUUUCCGUUCCUCCUGAGCGGCUGCCGAGGAGGGGUGCUCAAACUGUGGCACACAGACACUCUGGCCGGCCUGGGCGAGCUCAAGGGUCACGACAGCCCCAUCAACGGCAUCUCCACCAAUGUCAGCCACUUGUUCACCGCUUCUGACGACCGGACGGUGAAGAUCUGGCGUGCACGCGGCGGCGGACUGGACGGCACUCUCGAAGCGGUUGACAAUGCAGCGGACGAGGUGGCGAGUAACUGAACGCACUCGCAGCGCCUUCUGAUGGACAUGUUAUGAUGUGCACUUUGAUUCCCUCUGCUUAUCUUUAUGCCAGUAUUAAGCCCUAACACACACAAGGCCACUAAGUGAUAAUGCUCAUCAAGGUUGCUUCAAGUGCAUUUUCUAAAUAUUAGGUAUUAUUAGGUAUUGUUUUUAGCGUUGUAGUGGUCCAACAUGGCCGCUGUUCGUGCUUUGAAGUUUUGGAUGGUGUCGGGUUGCUAGCCGGUCUAAACAACCCAGCGCUGUGUUUCCUGUUGCUGGAUGUCCUCAAGUCAACGCUUGUAGAAAUGUCCCCUUACCUCCUGGUGAGUACAGACAUCUACAUUUCUUUUGUUAACUAAGAGUCCAAAUGUGACAAAUGUUGCUGGAUGUGUCUUAUUUAUGGAACGUAGACCAGACUUGAUUGUGUGAUGCGCGGGCCUCAUGUUGCCACAUAACGCCAUUCGCCUUGAUUCUUGGCACGUCUUAAAAGUGAGCAUUUUUUCAGGACAAAGCCCACCCAUAUGCUAUAAAUAUACAUUGACGUGGUCCGCGCUCUAUAUACAUUUUGACCUGCCUAGUAUUUUCUACCCGUGGUCCGCGCUCAGUACACUUACUGUAUGUUGACAUGUUCCGUGUCCACUUUGUGUGUUGAUGCGGUUAUAGUCUCACUGCAAAGAUUAUCACAUGGUCUGUGCUCACUCCAUGAAUGAUGCUUUUACACACGCGUUACAUGUAGGUUAACAUGGUCCGUCUAUAGUGGCAUGGUCCAUGCUCAUUUAAACUGUAUGUAUGUUAUGUUAUCCACUCUCACUACAUGUUGACAUGGUCCUUGCUCACUUCAUGUAUAUUGGCAUGGGCCCUGCCUACCACGUUUAUCUGACAUGGUCUGUGCUCACUUCAUAUAUGUUGGCAUGGUCCACAAUAUAAUUAUACAGCACGGUACAUGCUCAGUACACGUAUAUUGACAUGGCCUGGGCUCACUAUAUGCCGACUUGGUCCGUCCUCCCAACAUGUAUGUUAACAACAUGUACUCACUUCAUGUCCAAACGUUAGUGCAGGCUUACCACAUGUCAACAUGGCCCAUGCUCACUUUAUGUUGACAUGGUCCAUGCUCAAUAUAUGUACUGUAUGUGACAUGGACCAUGCUCACUACACAAAUGUAGACAUGGUCUGUACUCACUAUGUGUAUGUGACGUGGUCCACUCUCACUACAUGUGUUGCCAUGGUUCCGUGUUCACUUACAUUAUCCACUAAAUAUUGACAUGGUCUGUGAUCACCAUGUGUGUAUAUGGACAUGCUCCCUAUAUGUACACAACAUGGUCCGUCCGGCCUCACUACACCUAUAGUACAUUAUAUUGACAUGGUCCGUGCUCACUCUUGGGGUAUAUGGCUGUGGUCUACACUCACCUCAUGUAUAUUGACUUGGUCAGUGCUCACUCACUAACCGUGUUCACCCUUGCUCACGUCUAUCAGAGGGCUUGUUGACGCACACUAUGGGUGAGCUCCACUCAUUAGCUUAUCAACACACCGAAUAUGUACAUUUAUGUCACUGACAUUUUUUCGUAGAGGCCUUCAGUUCUCGUGAAUGUUUUGAUGACGGCGAUGCUAACCCGACUGAAUGUUUUCUCUUGGGACCACCGGUAUAAAAACUUACUGACUUGAUUUCAUUAAUUCAUGAUUAGAUUAUUUUUGUUGUUAUCUGUUUGGAUCAGUCCCUGCUCUGCAUAAUCCUGGAUCUUCCCUGCCCUUUUGGAAUUGUAGAAGCCAUGUUCCAAAUGGCCGUCUCUGUAGCUAUUCUAAUGUCAGAUGAUGCCUGUGAGAAUAAACGCCAUCUGUCAAAAACAAAAUG